GGCGCCGCGGAACAUGACGGCGCCCUGGGCCGCCCUCGCCCUCCUCUGGGGAUCGCUGUGCGCGGGUUCUGGGCGCGGGGAGGCCGAGACUCGGGAGUGCAUUUACUACAACGCCAACUGGGAGCUGGAGCGCACCAACCAGAGCGGCCUGGAGCGCUGCGAGGGCGAGCAGGACAAGCGGCUGCACUGCUACGCGUCCUGGCGCAACAGCUCCGGCACCAUCGAGCUGGUCAAGAAGGGCUGCUGGCUGGACGACUUCAACUGCUAUGACAGGCAGGAGUGCGUGGCCACCGAGGAGAACCCCCAGGUGUACUUCUGCUGCUGCGAAGGCAACUUCUGCAACGAGCGCUUCACCCACUUGCCAGAGGCAGGCGGCCCCGAAGUCACGUACGAGCCACCCCCGACAGCCCCCGCCCUGCUCACGGUGCUGGCCUACUCGCUGCUACCCGUCGGGGGCCUCUCCGUCGUGGUCUUGCUGGCCUUCUGGAUGUACCGGCAUCGCAAGCCCCCCUACGGCCACGUGGAUGUCCACGAGGACCCUGGGCCUCCACCUCCGUCCCCUCUGGUGGGCCUGAAGCCGCUGCAGCUGCUGGAGAUCAAGGCCCGGGGGCGCUUUGGCUGUGUCUGGAAGGCGCAGCUCAUGAACGACUUUGUGGCCGUCAAGAUCUUCCCGCUGCAGGACAAGCAGUCGUGGCAGAGCGAGCGGGAGAUCUUCAGCACGCCGGGCAUGCGGCACGACAACCUGCUGCAGUUCAUCGCCGCCGAGAAGCGGGGCUCCAGCCUGGAGGUGGAGCUGUGGCUCAUCACCGCUUUUCACGACAAGGGCUCCCUCACAGAUUACCUCAAGGGGAACAUCAUCACGUGGAACGAGCUGUGUCACGUGGCAGAGACCAUGUCAAGAGGCCUCUCGUACCUUCACGAGGACGUGCCCUGGUGCCGUGGCGAGGGCCACAAGCCGUCCAUUGCCCACAGGGACUUUAAAAGCAAGAACGUAUUGCUCAAGAGUGACCUCACAGCCGUGCUGGCCGACUUUGGCCUGGCUGUUCGAUUUGAGCCCGGGAAGCCGCCGGGGGACACGCACGGGCAGGUGGGCACGCGGCGCUACAUGGCCCCUGAGGUGCUCGAGGGCGCCAUCAACUUCCAGAGAGACGCCUUCCUGCGCAUUGACAUGUACGCCAUGGGGCUGGUGCUGUGGGAGCUGGUGUCCCGCUGCAAGGCCGCGGACGGCCCCGUGGACGAGUACAUGCUGCCCUUCGAGGAGGAGAUCGGCCAGCACCCGUCACUGGAGGAGCUGCAGGAGGUGGUCGUGCACAAGAAGAUGCGGCCCGCCAUUAAGGAUCACUGGCUGAAGCACCCGGGCCUGGCCCAGCUCUGCGUCACCAUCGAGGAGUGCUGGGACCACGACGCCGAGGCGCGCCUGUCCGCGGGCUGCGUGGAGGAGCGCGUGUCCCUGAUCCGGAGGUCGGUCAACGGCACUACCUCGGACUGUCUGGUCUCCCUGGUGACCUCCGUCACCAACGUGGACCUGCCUCCUAAGGAGUCGAGCAUCUAAGCCCAGGACAUGAGUGGAUCUGAAGAGGAGGGCGAAGGAGUUGUGUUUUGUCUUGGAAAUCUCAUAACACCAACAAACACAUGAAAUGCA